CAAAGCAGAGUACACACCCGUAGCAACACAAACAUCAGCAUCCUGCUAGAGCACAGAGGAUGAAACAGUUAAGAUAUUAGCAAUAACAUUGGACAGAAACUGGUUUAAUAAAGGCGCAAUGAUGCAAGCGGAUGAUGCCAAAUAUUUAAAGCGGCAAUAUAAGGGUCGCAGUAUAGAUGUUCACCCGACAGAAAAAGCCCUGGUUGUCCAGUAUGAAGUGGAAGCCACGAUUCUUGGGGAACUGGGAGACCCAAUGCUGGGAGAGCGCAAGGAAUGUCAGAAAAUAAUUCGACUGAAAAGCCUGAACAGUAACACAGACAUUGCAUCUUUAGCACGGAAGGUAGUGGAGGAAUGUAGACUAAUUUCCCCCUCCAGACUUCCUGAAGUGGAACAGUUAUUGUUUUACCUGCAGAACCGCAAGAAACCUGCCGAAAAGAAAGAGAAGAAACCGAUCAAACCAAGAGAUCUGACUCCCUUUGAAGGGAUGGAGCUGGAUGAGGAGGCCAACAUUAAUAGCAUAGAUGAAUAUGUAGAGCUUCUGUAUGAGGACAUCCCUGAGAAGAUCAGAGGAGCUACACUCAUCCUCCACCUAGCCCGUAACCCUGACAACCUGGAGGAGUUGCUGCAGAACGAGACUGCUCUCGGUGCCCUGGCCCGUGUCCUGAGGGAAGACUGGAAGCAGAGCGUUGAUUUGGCAAUGACCAUCGUCUACGUCUUCUUCUGCUUUUCAAGUUUCUCCCAGUUUCACGGCCUCAUCACCCACUACAAGAUCGGAGCAUUGUGCAUGAACAUAAUCGAACAUGAGCUGAAGAGAUAUGACCUGUGGCAGGAGGAACUGCAGAAGAAGAAAAAGGCUGGGGACGAUGACCCGGACAAUCAGAACCUGAAGAAGGACUAUGAGAAAGCUCUGAAGAAGUACCACGGACUGCUGGCCAAACAGGAACAGCUUUUGAGAGUGGCUCUGUACCUGCUGCUGAAUCUGUCCGAGGACACCCGCACAGAGCUGAAGAUGAGGAACAAGAACAUCGUCCACCUGCUGGUGAAAACUUUGGACCGGGACAGUGAAGAACUGCUGGUGCUGGUGGUGUCCUUUCUCAAGAAACUCAGCAUCUUUUUAGAAAAUAAGAAUGACAUGGAUGAGACAGACACAGUAGAGAAGCUGGCGAAACUGGUGCCCUGUGAACACGAAGAUCUCCUGAACGUUACUCUGCGUCUUCUCCUUAAUCUCUCUUUUGACACCAACCUCCGCAGCAAGAUGGUGCAGGUGGGGCUUCUGCCCAAACUCACCUCAUUGCUAGGAGACGAAGCGCAGAGACAGAUCGCCAUGUGCAUUCUGUACCACAUCAGCAUGGACGACCGUUUCAAGUCCAUGUUUGCCUACACUGACUGCAUUCCACAGGUAAUGAAGAUGUUGUUUGAUUGUGACGAGGAGAGGAUUGACGCCGAACUCAUUUCAUUCUGCAUCAAUCUGGCUGCCAACAAGAGGAAUGCUCAGAUCAUGUGUGAAGGUAACAGUCUGAAAAUACUAAUGAAGAGAGCACUGAAGCUAAAGGACCCUCUGAUAAUGAAGAUGGUCCGAAAUAUAUCUCAGCAUGAUGGGGCGACUAAGAAUCUCUUCAUUGACUAUGUUGGAGACCUCGCAGCUCAGAUCGGACUGAAGGAAGAGGAAGAGUUUGUUAUUGAGUGCUUGGGCACGCUUUCCAAUCUUACAAUUUCUGAUCUGGACUGGGAGCUGGUGCUCAAGGAAUAUAACCUGGUGCCUUAUCUCAAAGACCACCUUAAACCAGGCAGUGCAGAGGACGACCUUAUCUUAGAGGUGGUCAUUAUGAUCGGUACCGUCUCCAUGGAUGACUCCUGUGCCAUAAUGUUGGCCAAGUCAGGCAUUAUUCCUGCUUUAAUAGAACUACUGAAUGCCCAGCAGGAGGACGAUGAGUUUGUCUGCCAAAUCGUCUACGUUUUUUACCAGAUGGUGUUUCACCAGGCCACCCGAGAUGUGAUUAUAAAAGAAACGCAAGCUCCAGCGUACCUCAUCGACCUGAUGCACGACAAGAAUGCUGAAAUUCGCAAAGUGUGUGAUAAUACCUUGGACAUUAUCGCUGAAUAUGAUGUGGAGUGGGGCAAAAAGAUUCAGAGCGAGAAGUUUCGCUGGCAUAAUUCUCAGUGGCUGGAGAUGGUGGAGAACCGACAGAUGGAUGAGGCCGAACCAUUUAUGUAUGGAGAUGAUGGAGAAUCUUUCCUUCAAAAUGGAGACAUCCUGGAACGACCAGACCUGUUCUACAGUGCAGAUGGAAUUAUCCCAGCAGAUGGUGCCAUUAGUCCAGAGUUUUUCACAGACUUCCAGAACGGAGACCUGUUAGGACCACAGGGGUUUCACAGCAGUUUGACAGAUGCGUAUGGACAGACAGGCGUGACUCCAGCACGUCCGGCCACAGCUUAUGGGUUCAGGCCGGAUGAACAGUUUUAUUAUGGUUAUACAACAUCACGGUAAACCCUGCAUUUUAUAGCUCAUUACAAUCAAACUUUAUUAAAUGGAUGUAAAAUGAUAGUCUCUGUCAUUUCCAAUAGAAACAACACUACUGUUUCUCUCUCUGUUCAGUAUUUCUUUGAUACUGUAUGUGGGUUUUAAAUUAUUCUGAAUGUGUUCAGCACAAUGUUUUAAUAAGGCCAGUGGCUGUAGGGAAGUAUGGUUAUUUUUGUAUCCCUCUUUUUUAGUAUGCCAUUCAGUUUCAGUGUGUAUUUUAGUAUACUGUGCUUUGCUUAUGAAUAUUGGAGAAGCGAGUGUUGCUGUGGAUUCUUAUGGCAUCACAUUGCUUUCACAGGCCUUUUUCAAAUGUAUCCGUGCAAUAAAGCAAACGUAGGAUUAGUUGCAUGAUAAUACAGUGGUAUAGGCGAGUUAGUUAAUUCGUUCAGAUUUUUGGAAAAUAAAUAUUGCGUAACUUAAUCUGCACCUUUAAGCAUCCAGAAGUCAUAUGAUUCUUUUCAUUUUACAUACAUUUCCAUAAAGCAGCUGACCAUAAGAGUUCAUUUAAUGAUGGUGGUGCCCUCUUGUGGAUGAAGUGUGAAACACAUUAACCAGCUCCCGUCUGGCACUUAUUAUUGUAAAACGAUGGUGCCUGUAACGUUGUCUUUGUUACUGUAGUAAAACAUAUCUGCUUUAUAUGGAGUUUGCACAGUUAACAAACAAAUCUGCAUUUUGUAAUGCCAAACUUGUGUUGUUUUCCAAUAAUAACACUGGUCUCUUUUCAUGCGUGUUUUUACGUAUUUGUGAAACAUCAUUGGUGCCUGAGAAUUGUCUUAACUACUGUUUUAUAUAAAAUGCCUUUUUAUUUAUUGUGGUGUGCAAUAUGAAAUACAAAUAUUGAUGUGCAAAAA